GCAGCUUUUACAAGUCUGUCUGAGAGGCCAAGGCUACUAAUUCUUAGUGUUCCAUACUAAGGGAUUCUUUGACUAGGGAGUAAACAUGGGGAGGAGAACUACAUAUUUAGUCAUCCUCCAUAUUUCAUGGAUCUUAUGUGAAAAUGUCUUAUCUCCGCCUACACCAAGAGUUUUAGAAUAUGAUGUGGAUGGUGGAAGGGACAUGGACAUCUUUGAUAUCAAUGAAGAGGCUGGGUUAAACCUGGUGGAGGGGGAUAUUGAGCUUGAUGAGAAACAAGGCCGGAAUUCUAUGAUAGGGGAUCAAUACAGAUGGCCAAAGACUGUUCCCUACUACUUUGAGGAUGACUUGGAGAUAAAUGCAAAAGGUGUUAUCCUGAAGGCCUUUGAACAGUACCGGCUGAAGACCUGUAUCGACUUCAACCCUUGGGAGGGAGAGCAGAACUACAUUUCCAUUUUCAAAGGAAGCGGUUGUUUCUCAUCUGUGGGUAACCAACAUGUGGGGAAACAGAGGUUGUCCAUCGGGACCAAUUGUGACCGCAUUGCGACCAUCGAACACGAAUUCCUCCAUGCACUGGGUUUCUGGCAUGAGCAGUCACGGUCGGACCGCGAUGACUACGUUACCAUCCUGUGGGACCACAUCUCUGAGGGUAAGGAACACAACUUUAACACGUACAAUGACACCAUGUCCAGUUCUCUGGGUGUCCCCUACGACUACGGUUCCAUGAUGCACUACAGUAAGACUGCGUUCAGGAAUGGUACCGAGCCCACAAUCGUCACCAAGAUCCCCGCCUUCGCUGAUGUCAUCGGUCAGCGCAUGGAGUUCAGUGAUAAUGACCUGCUCAAGCUACGGCGCCUCUACAACUGCACACGCUCCUCCACUUUCCUGGACACCUGUGACUUUGAGAGGGAGAACAUCUGUGGUAUGAUCCAGGGGCCGGGGGACCAGGCAGAAUGGACAAGGGUGACCCAGGCGCCUGGCGGGCCCAACACGGACUACUCCAACAUGGGCAAAUGCACCGGCUCAGGCUACUUCAUGCACUUGAGCACUGCCACAGGCAAACCAUCAGACACAGCCAGGCUGGAGAGCAGACUGCUCUACCCCAAGAGAAGCUACCAGUGCCUGCAGUUCUUCCUCUACAAUGGUGGUGGCGCCAACGAUCAGCUGGUGAUCCUUGUCCGAGAGUACGAUGAAGCCCACCCCAACGGAACCCUGCGUGUUAUUCAGCCCAUAGUUGCACCACCUCAAGACCUAUGGCAACUGCAUCAUGUGAGCCUGAACGUGGUCAAGAAGUUCAGGGUGGUGUUCGAGGGCAUCAAGGGCGACGCCCCCUCCACAGGUGGUCUCUCCCUGGACGACAUCAACCUCUCUGAGACUACCUGCCCUGACCACAUGUGGCGGGUGAAGAACUUCAGCCACAUCAUGGAGACCACUCCUAACGACAAACCCAUCUACAGCCCCCCGUUCAAGUCCAGAGAGGGCUACACCUUCCAGAUGGGGCUCUACCCCAGUGGGAAGGAGGGCUACGCGGGGGAGCUUUCUGCCUAUGCCCACCUGGUGACCAUGUCCGGUGACACAGAGGUGCGGAAGUGGCCAUGUCCAUGGAAACAGAUGACCAUGAUGCUGUUCGAUCAGAACCCAGACAUCAUGAGGCGUAUGAACAACCAGCGCAGUGUCACCACCGAUCCUACUAAGAAACUCAGUGAGACUUCAGAGCUGUUCUUCUGGGAUGACCCUCGUAAGGUGGGCGUUGAAGUGUCAUCGGCGGACGGGACCAACUAUUUCCGUGGGCCGGGUGCCGGGACAACCGUGUACCUCACCCAUGGCAGGGCCAAGAGCAGGGACUUCAUCAAGGGGGGAGACGCCAUCUUCCUGCUUACCAUGGAGGAUGUGUCACAUCUUACGGUGUCCCAGCCCGUACCCUCCUCCACAUUGCCACCAGUCACCACGGUUACCACCGCCAUAUUGCCACCUACUGACCCCUGCACUAAGGUCACAUGUGGGAAUGAGGGCGUCUGUGUGGUGGAUGCUGGAAAUGCUCUUUGCAGGUGUGCAGUUGGUGACGACUGGUGGUACUACGGAGAGAGUUGUCAGUAUCAGGGUUCCACCCAGGACACGAUGACCACAGCGCUUAUAGCCUCUUUCUCUGUGCUGGGUGGCAUGUUGGUGGUGACUGCAGUCAGUGUGGUGUGUGUGAAGAGGAAAAACAAGAACAGCGGAGGUGGAGGAGACCGGGGCAUCACCAUGUCCAAUGUCACAGUCACAGGAAUGUAAUGUUUUCCCCCCUGCCAGAACCAACACUAUUCAUGGCCAGCAUUAAGUAGGUGAAGAAGUUAACUGCAACAGCUACAACUCCUUCAAAUAUAAAAUUACAAAAGAUCUACUGGAAAUUCCACUUAAUGUCUCAUCCCAAUAAUUAUCAGCCAUUAUCAGCCAUGUAUUUUGAUCAGCCUGUUAAUUUGACAUGAUUUGUAGUUUCUUUGUGUAGGUAAAUCUCCAACUAUUUUCUUGUGUAAAAUUUGUAUUCAAACACUUGAAAGGGGGACGUGCUCUACAUCUCCCGCACAGAUUAUUUUCAUUUACUUUAACAUCCCAUUUUUUUGUAUUUGUGUGCAAAUUUAAAAAAAAAAAUCAUAAAUAUGCUAUGAAGUGUAUGUAUUGUUCAGGGCAUACGCUACAUUAGUGUUGCUGUCAUGUCAUUUUCAUUUCAGACUCUUAAUAGUUUUAAAUUGAGAUAAUGAUAUCUGAAAUGUUUAUUUUUCUUAGUUGCAGUCAUGGAAGGGAAGGCAUUAGGGGCAUAAAUAUAAUAAGUGGUUCUGGA